UCCACGCGGUGAGACCUGGAAAUCGAUAUUACUUGCAUUUUAAUAAAGCGUAUAAUAUUAUUGCGAACAAUGCAAGUACUGUCGAGCUAAUUGGCUGCAUUUAGUUGUUAUCGCACUGCUAUUAGUCAUACUAAAAGCAUAUUUUAAAUCUAAUAUCCAUGUUAUAUUUCUCUUGACAGCAUUUAAUUCUAGUUCCAAGAAUAAUAAGAACGCUACGAAUCGUUUCUAGUGGUUCUGUCGAUAAGGUAGAAUGUGACUAAAAAAUCUGAAAUUUUACUGAUAUUACAAUCAUCGUUUUUUAUCGUUUAUUGAACUAAUUAAUAGCUUGUUGUGUUUUAAUUUUAAUGAUCUAAUUUACUUUUUACUUUUAAAUUAUUGAUAUUUAAUCGUUAUCAUACGUCAUAUGUAUAAUCAAUAUAAUAUAAACUACAGCUGAUAAAUAUCAAGUGAGGUUAGCGUUGUUAAUCGUUGUUGAUAGACACGUGUCGUAUUGGUAAUCUUGAUUAUCGCGGAGGACAAUAGUUUCUCGUUUGAUUUCAGUCGAAGAUGGAGUGUAAUAUGGAUCGGUGUUAUAGCGAUAUACGCGUAUCAGGAUCAUUGAAAACGUUAUAAAAAUUCGACUCAAAAGUAACGGCCUUUAUGUAAAUGUCUCUUUAUCGCUUUAUAAGUCGUCACGUCGAAUCGAUCGCACCAAGCUGAUGUCUCCACAUUUUUUUUCUCGAAUCACCUUGUCGAUCAUAACCUAUAACCACAUGUGUAUAUUGAUCUUUCAUCUUCAUUUCAAUUGAUUUUAAGUGUAACAAGAAAUACGGCUGCAAUUAUGGCAAACACUUUGCACAAGGACGGAUACGAGACACAAAGUUUAACUAUGCGUGGAGGCAGUGGUGCUGUUGGACCAAAUGCUGAUAUGAAAUUAGAGCCAUCUAGUCCUACGGAAAAGUAUACUUUCUCUCGUUGUAGUAGUACAGGCUCUGUAAAUACUGCGUCCUCGUCUGCUCAUAAUACAGGUGGGUUUGAUUUGAUUUCAGAGGACGAAGACAGUGAUAAUAAAAAUUCAACGAUAAGUUAUAAAGAACGACGUAGGGAAGCUCAUACUCAGGCUGAACAAAAGCGUAGAGAUGCCAUUAAAAAAGGAUACGAUUCGCUUCAAAAUUUAGUGCCUACUUGUCAACAUACCGAUUCAUCCGGUUACAAACUGUCCAAAGCUACGGUUCUUCAAAAAUCUAUAGAUUAUAUACAGUUUUUGUUGCAGCAAAAAAAGAAACAAGAGGACGAACGUAACGCAUUGAGAAAAGAAGUUGUCGCUCUACGUAUUAUGCAGGCCAAUUACGAACAGAUUGUGAAAGCGCACCAAACGCAACCUGGUCAUGCAGAAAUGCGUAUAUCGGAUGAAACGAAAUUCCAAGUGUUCCAGGCGAUUAUGGAUCGUUUAUUUCAAAGUUUCAACAACAUCUCCGUUGCGAAUUUUGCAGAAUUGUCCGGUUGCGUGUUUAGUUGGUUAGAGGAACAUUGCAAGCCUCAGACUCUUCGCGAGGUAGUACUUUCCGUUUUACAGCAACUCAACAACCAAAUCAGCUAGUCGAAUGUAUCGUCGGAGUUGUCUCCAUCGCACAAUAUCCCUGUUUUAUCAACGUGUAUCUAUAUCUUUCAAAGGGAUACUUAGACCGAUCGUCAAUGAAGUUACCAGAGGGGAUGGGAGAUGAGUGUCGUACAAGAAAUUAACAAAAAA